GCUCUGCUCUCAGAAGAUGCAGUGCACUAGAUGUGGUGCUUGGAACAGAAGUAGUCAUGGCAUCAGAACUAUGUAAAACAAUCUCUGAGGCAAAGCUGGAAAGGCACAAGAACUUGUUCUUAAAUUACCGAAAUCUGCAUCACUUUCCUUUGGAGUUACUGAAAGAUGAGGGGCUGCAGUACUUGGAGAGACUUUAUAUGAAAAGAAAUUCCCUGACCACAUUGCCAGAAAACCUUGCACAGAAGCUUCCAAACCUCGUGGAAUUGUACCUUCAUUCGAAUAACAUAGUUGUUGUACCUGAAGCCAUUGGCUCCCUCGUUAAACUGCAGUUUCUGGACCUCAGUGAUAAUGCCCUCGAAAUUGUGUGCCCAGAGAUUGGCCGCCUGAGAUCUUUACGUCAUCUUCGCUUGGCCAACAACCAGCUGAAAUAUUUACCUGCAGAGGUUGGAGACCUGAGGGAGCUGCAAACACUGGACAUUUCGACCAAUCGGUUGAUAACUUUACCUGAAAGGCUGCAUAUGUGUCUCUCGCUGCAGUACUUGACUGCAGACCGCAAUCACCUGUGGUGCGUUCCCCGCCAUCUGUGCCAGCUGCCAAGCCUCAAUGAGCUGUCCAUGGCCGGAAAUCGCCUCGCCUUCUUGCCGCUUGAUUUAGGUCGUUCUCGGGAGCUGCAAUAUGUUUAUGUGGAUAACAACAUUCAUCUGAAAGGGCUUCCAUCUUAUCUGUAUAAUAAAGUCAUUGGUUGCAGUGGUUGUGGUUCUCCAAUUCAGGUUUCAGAGGUGAAACUGCUCUCUUUUUCAUCGGGACAGUUAACUGUGUUCCUGCCAGCAGAGGUGAAAUCAAUAGGGACAGAAACAGAUCAUGUGCUGCCUUUGCAAGAACUGGCCAUGAGGACACUCUAUACCACCUACUACAGGCUUCUAAAAGAUUUGAACUUUCUGACUCCAAUCUCAUUACCCAAAAGCCUCUUGGAAUUGCUGCACUGUCCCUUGGGACACUGCCACCGUUGCAGCCAGCCCAUGUUUACCAUUGUCUACCCAAAGUUAUUUUCCUCUUUUUUGGAGGAGAGUCCUCUUUACAGAAUGCAUUGGAGGACAACUGUUAGUUUUGUGGCAUACUGCUGCUCCACCCAGUGUCUACAGACUUUUGACCUACUGAGUUGA